AAGGAUAAACAAACUUAGUUAUGAGUUGGAAAGAUGGAAAGUUGGAAAGUUGAAAUGAAGAACUUUCAGUCGUUGUUAUUAAAUACGAGGAGUUUCGAAAUACCAUAAUUCCAGUCUUCGCCUUCCAGUUCAAGCUUUGUUUAUGGAAAUGGAAGAGUGCGCAAUCUUAUUUAUGAUAAGUGACAUUCACCGCUUUUUCCUUUUCGUUCUUUUCCGCCACUUCCCUCAGAUUUUGUUCUUCACUUCACCUUCUUCUUCUUCUUUGAUUUUCGUAUGAUAAAAUUCUACUACUUUUUUUUCGUUGAUUCAACCAGUAAAGCUGUUGAAUUAUGGGAAAUUGCUUAACUUCUUCAGCUCAUCAUUCUAAUUUCCUUCGCAGUCAAGCAGUAUCUUCUACUCCAGGAACUUCAGGCAGUCAAUUUUCAGCGGCGGGGAGCGUAGAUGUGAGUGAGUCCUGUCCGAGUGGGAAAAUCCUUGACCAACCAAACUUGAAGGAAUUCAGUUUCACUGAGCUGAAACUCAUUACCAAAUUCAGACCUGCAUCCGUGGUCGGUCAGGGAGGUUUUCGGAAGGUGUAUAAAGGCUGGGUAAAUGACAAGACGCUGGCUCCUUCUAAGAGCAAUUCUGGUAUGGCGGUUGCCAUUAAGAAAUUAAACGCAGAAAGUGUUCAAGGUUUUCAAGAUUGGCAGGCAGAAGUCAACUUUUUAGGACGGCUGAAUCAUCCAAAUGUUGUCAAAUUAUUGGGUUUCUGUUGGGAAGAUGAAGAGUUGCUCCUUGUGUAUGAAUUUAUGUCCAAGGGAAGCUUGGAAAGCCAUCUCUUUAGAACAGGUUCUUUCACUCAACCUCUUUCUUGGGAAAGAAGGCUCAAGAUCGCUAUUGGAGCAGCUAGAGGCUUGGCUUUCUUGCAUUCCACAGAAAAAGAAGUUAUAUACAGAGAUUUUAAAACAUCAAAUAUACUUCUCGAUUUGAAUUAUAAUUCAAAAAUCUCGAAUUUUGGCUUGGCAAGAUUGGGCCCUGCAGGUGAAGUCUCACAUGUAACAACAAGAAUUAUUGGCACAUACGGUUACGUUGCCCCAGAAUACGUUACUGCAGGUCAUCUAUAUGUUAAGAGCGAGGUUUACGGGUUCGGUGUUGUACUGCUUGAAAUCAUGACUGGCUGGCGAGCCCAUGAUGUGAAUAGGCCCCACGAACAGCGCAAUCUGGUCGAUUGGGCUAAGCCAUUCUUGGUGAAGAAAAAAAAGAUAAAGAACUUAAUAGAUGCAAAACUAGAAGGUCAAUAUUCAUUGAAAGCAGCCACGCUCGUGGGUGAUCUUACUCUAAAAUGCCUGGAAACACAUCCUCGAAAACGCCCCUCAAUGCAAGAAGUUCUAGAGGCAUUGGAACAUAUUGAAGAAUUGAAGGAGAAACCGAAAGAGUCCAAAGACUAGCAGCAGCUCGCAGUCUAAACAACCUCUUCAUCAAAGACAGCCAAAACAAUUCAUCAGCAAAAGGGCAGUAGAGAUAAAUGAGGCCAAAACCAAAAGGCGAGACGUUCAGUUCAACCUACAGAUUUUUUUAUAAGACCAUUUUAACAUUGUUUGCAUUUCUGAUUUUGAUAGAAAUACUCGACAUUUUUAGUUUUUUUUGCUCAUAAUUGGUUGUCUUGUUUAGGGAUGGCAGGAGGGGAUGUAAAAAUAUAUUUGAUUGUAUGUAUGUAUUAUUUGUCAAAUGCUUUUAGGUUUAUAGAAGAAAAAACAGUUGUUUGGAAUGUGGAUUUCCUCCAAAUUUCGCAUUCUUUCCAGUAGUUAACAUUGUUAUAAUUAUUGAUUAUCGAUUGUUUUGUUUA